AUGGAAUCAGCCAUCCCGGCGAUUAUCAUGCGCGGCCUGAAGGACAAGACCUACAGCAAGCGCAAGGCCGCCGCACAGGACCUCGAGCGCCUCGUCAAGGGCAUCCGCACGGAGGACGCCCAGGUACAGAGCAUCAUCCACCAUCUCGAGCGGGACCUCUGCCUGUCGGUGGACCCGAACGCCCGCAAGGGCGGCCUGAUUGCCCUGUCGGCCGUUGCCAUCGGCCUGUCCAAGGGGGUCAAGGCCUACCUGAACGCCAUCAUCGCCCCGAUCAUCACCUGCUUCUCGGACAAGGAUGCCGAGGUCCGGUACUAUGCGUGCGAGUCGCUGUUCAACGUGUCGAAGAUCGCCCGAAAGGAGGUCAUUGACCGGUGGUUCAGCGAGAUUUUCGACAGCCUCUGCAAGCUGUCAGCCGACUCCGAGCAGUCGGUGCAGAAUGCCGCCGGCAUGCUGAACAACCUGAUCAAGGAUCUGGUGGCGUCGGACCCAUCCGGCGCGCCCAACUUCGACAUGGACAAGUUCUUCGCCCUGCUGGUGGAACGCAUUCGCGUGGUGUCGCCCCAGCUCCGGAUCUUCAUCAUGGACUGGAUCCAGCUGCUCCAUGGCAUCCCCAGCCUGGACUUGCUGUACUACCUGCCGGCCUUCCUGCCGGGGCUGCUGUCCUACAUCGCGGACACUCGGGUCGAUGUGAACAUGAAGGCCCGGGCCAUCCUGAACAGCUUGCUCGAGGGGGUGGUGGCCUCGCAGGCGCUGCCGGAGGUGACCCCGUCCGGGGCCGGGACCCCGGUGGCCGGCGCGUCGCCCGGCCCGGCGGCCAGCGCCUCCGGCGGGGAGGGCACCGCGCCGGAGUCGGAGUCCGAGGCCGCGGCCACGGCCGGCGACACCCCGCCCGUGGUCGGGAUCCUGGCCAUCGCCGCGGCGUCGGCGGCCUCGGCGGCCUCGGCGGCCUCGGGGUCCGGGUCCGGGUCCGGCACCGGGUCGGGGGAGACUGCCGACACGGCGUCGCCCCUGGCCGCCGAUGUCGGCGUCAGCGUCCAGCGCCCCUUCGACGUGGCGCGCAUUGUUCCGUCGCUGCUGUGGGCGUGCUGCUCGCAGGACCCGGCCAUGCAGGCCAAUGGGCUUCUGUGGAUUUCCGGCAUCCUGUCCUCCGGGAAGUUCAAGCGCGCGCUCGUGCCCCUGGCCGACCGCCUCGUGCACGGGGCGCUCCUCUGCGUGUCGCACAACCUCAACAACAUCAAGAACGCCGCGCUCGAUGUGGACGCCGCCCUGCUGGCCCUGUUCCUGGAGUCGACGUCGGGGGCGGGCUCGGCCGGGCGGGCGGCCAUCGCCGGCGGCGGCGGCGGCGGCGGCGCCCCCUCGGCCGCGGCCUUCCCCCUGGACCGGCUGAUCCACGAGCUGUCGCAGCUGCUGACCCACGGGGCGGAGGCCACGCGGCUGGCCGCCCUGGAGUGGCUGCUCAUCAUGAGCCAGCACGAGGAGGGGGCCUUCGCGGCGCAGCUGGGCCGGAAUUCGGGCCUCUUCUCGGCCCUGCUGCACUGCCUGCUGGACCCGAGCCCGCGGGCCACGCGCACGGCCAUCGACGUGCUGGCCACCCUCGGGUCGCACAUGGGCCCCAAGUGGUUCCGCCGCUGCUGCGAGUGCUUCCUGCAGAUGCUCCAGGGCGACAAGAAGAUGAUGCAGGAGCGCUGUAGCCUGAUCGUCCGGCAGCUUGCCAUGACCCUGACCCCGGAGAGCGUCUUCAGCACCCUGGCCGACAUUCUGACCGAGGCGUCGCUGCCGCCGGGGACCGGCUCCGCCUCGGCCAGUGGCGCCGGGGAUGCGACCCCCGCCGCGGGCGACGACACGGCGGCCGCUCCGGUCACCGAGUCUCCGGCGGCCGUGGCGGCGACGGUGGCACCCGCUGCAACUGCCGCCGGUGCCGCCUCUCCCAAGUCGGGACGAGCCCAGCCCCGGCACUUUGCCCUGUAUGGGACCUGCCCGCCGCUGGACCUGGCCUUCGUCGAGAGCCUGGUCCAGGCGCUGCAUUUGAUCCUGAUGACCAGCUCGGAGUGCGCGCGCAUGCGGGCGGUCCUGCGCGCCACUGACGACCGGGCCCCGGAGUCCGCGGAGUCGGCGUCUCUCUUCGCCCAGCUCUUCCGCUGCUGGUCGCACAAUGCCGCGGCCUCGAUCGGGCUCUGUCUCCUGGCCGGGCGCUUCCUCCAGGCAUAUGAGCUCAUCAAGCUGUGCUCUUGCGACAUGGACGUCACGGUGUCCUUCCUGGUGGACAUCGACCAGCUGAUCCACCUCAUCGAGUCGCCGGUCUUCACCCCCAUGCGCCUGCACCUGCUGGACAUCGCCAACAAUCAGUCCCUCCUGCUGGCCCUCAAUGGCUUGCUGAUGCUGCUGCCCCAGUCGUCGGCGUACAAUAUCCUGAAGAACCGGCUGUCCUCGGCGUCGGCCAUCUCCGCCAGCGCGGCGGCGAAGUUGCCCGCCCCCUCGGCGGUCCCCGGGGCCGCGCCGGUGGUGGCCUUCCCUCUGCGUGACCACCUGGACCACCAGCACAUCGAGCAGUUCAUCGCAUGUCAGCAGUCGCACAGCGCCGUGCGCAGCCUCGGUAUGUCGACCUGCUGCCGACCCGCGGCCGCCCCUUGGUUCGGUUGGCCUCUGGAUUAACUUCUUUUUUUUCCUUUUUUCGUUCCUUGGCGCGCUCUGUCCUCCCCCUCCCCCCGUCCCCCGUGCCCAGCCAUGACCAUGCUCAACACCCAUUCCCGAAACCGGAACCUCUUUGCCUUUGUCCAGUCACACCCGGAGACGGAGAAGGUCCGCCGGUCGACCGUGGCCACGUACCUGCUGUCGCAGAAGCGCAGCCCGAUCGACAUCAGCCAGGUGCGGGAUCUCCUGUAAUCGGCCGGGGCACGCGUGCUCCCUCCGCGUGUGUCUGCCAGCCGGGAAGAGCUCGGCUCGGCCGCCCCCCCCCCCCCCCCCCCCCGGCGAGAUAUGCCGGU